AAAUAGGGCAACCUUGAUAACAUAAAAGAAGUUCGGAAAAUUGAGUCAUUUGAAACGUCAAAGGGCAUAUUGAGACUAUAUUGAAACCACAGGGCUUUUCAACAAAUAAGCCUUCUUUUUUUGGGCGAAAAAUCACUCAUGUUUGUUCGUGGGUUAUGCAUACGGAAAAACUACAUGUAAAGAGGAAGCAUCAGCGGGAGCACCUGAUUCUUGAGUUCCCGAUUGUAGCAAAUUAUGUUAUUAUAUACAUACCGCAUUAGCAGCUGUUGAGGUUCCUCCGAGUCUGGCUGAUGGAUCUGAUAUGAUCAAAAGGCUCAAAAUUGGUCUUGGAAUUCUAAAUUCAAAGGGAAAUAGGAUAAGAAAUGUGGAGUUUUUUGCUGUGGUUGAGUAUUGGGUUUGUGGCCGGGGUUGUGGCGAUUUUGGCCGCGGAGGUCCUGGUGGUGUAUGUUAUCAUCAAGAGAUUACAACACAAAACCAAACAACACCAAGGGAAAGAAGCCAUACAAAAAUCUCAAGAAAUAGAAUCCAAGCCAGACCUACACCCUCGUCAAGCCCUAGAAUUCGCUUCCAUCAAGGAGGGAGCAGUUUGGGUUCUAGAACCAGAAAAAGUUCCCAAAAAUUGGCAAGAAAAAGCACUGCGAGAGCAAAAGAGAAAGAAGGAUUUCUUUGAGGUUUCUCCUAUAAAAAAAAAUGCAAAAAUCAUGAACCAACUACUCAUUCUGACAGAAUCAGAUGGCUCCCAGACAGCUAUCCAGUUAAAGGGCUGCACCAUUGAAGCUGUUUCCGCAACAAGUCUACCUUCAAGAAAAUGGGCCAAAAGGUUCCCCAUAAAAUUGGAUAGCAAGUCCACCAUAAUAUACAAAGGAAGUAAAGUCUUUUACAUUUAUCUUGAAACUUCAUGGGAGAAGGAAUCAUGGUGUAAAGCUCUUCGUCUGGCAUCUAGCAAUGACAAAGAGAAACUUGAUUGGUUUGCGAAGUUGCAUGAAGAAUUUCGCUGUUACUUGACAUUGUUAAAUGCAGGAUAUCCUUCACUCAUGAAACACUCCGGAGGGUUCUCUUCUGCUGAACCCGUAGAUAGGGAAAAUAGGAUUGAUGGUUCUUCCUCAAAGGUUCGUAUGUUCUUGAAAAAAAUCACAAAGAAGUAUUCUAAGGUUGGUCCAGAUAAUAAGUUGAGCUGGACUUCAUCCUUAGGCCGUGAAGAAAGAAAGAUAAGUGAGAAGAAUCGCACAUGUCAGGAUUCUAUUUCUUUCAGUAGCUUGGUAGAUGCUAGUCCACCAGUGAAGAGGGCUAAGAGUUUCACAGAAGGGAAUUUGGCAAUUCCGCCUUCAUCAACCUUAACUCAUUCUGGUAGCCAAAGUCAUAUAUCUGUCAUCUCUGAUGCGGACUCUGAUGAUAAGUUUAGUACUGAUGAGGCAACGCUUUGUUGGAAUUUGUUAAUUUCACGGCUCUUCUUUGAUGCCAAAAGCAGUGUGGAGAUGAAAAAAACCAUAAAAGCUCAGAUUCAGAGGACAUUGUCCAAUAUGAGGACCCCAAGUUACAUUGGUGAAGUGAUUUGUACAGACAUUAAUACUGGGAAUCUCCCACCUUAUAUCCAUGGUAUGAAAGUUCUGCCGACAGACAUGAAUGAUGUAUGGGCUUUGGAAGUUGACAUUGGAUAUUAUGGUGGUGCGGUGUUAAAUGUUGAGACGAGAUUGGAAGUCCGGGAACUAGAAUUCCAGAAAGGCAGUGAGGAUUCAAGUCCAGAAUCAGGCUCUGUUAGGGAUGUGUCAACCGAACUUCUUGAAGAAUUUGAGUAUUUCGGGAAGCAGUUAAAUCUUGCUGAGACAGCUGAUGUGCUAGAGCAUAAGGAAGAGUGUGACCCAAAACCUGGUACAUCACUUGCCUUGAAACAUAGUUCAUUGAGUAUUGGAUGAUUAAAGCAGCCAUGGACUUUGGGUUGCCUAUGAGCAAGGGAGCGGGACUUUGGGAUUUAGACUUCAAACAUCAAGGUUUAAAUGGUAGCCUAAAGGCUGGGGAUGGAAUAAAUGUCAAACGGAAUGAUAUUCAGUUAAAUUACAUACCCCUAAAUGAUGAAAAUCCGAAUAAGAUAGAUACCUAAACUAUAUACUAUUAUAAUGUAUGAUCUAUGGAGUAGUUUACCUAGCCUUGCCCAGAAAAGGGUGGAAGGUAUAAGGGCAGGAAAAAUAGGUAAUCCCUUGUUUGGUAGGAGUGGAAAAGUGGAGGGUGAGGCAUCCACCUUCCCCACGUUUUUUAUGCUUGGACCGUUAAGCAGAUUGAACAAAGGAAAGUAUACAGAAAAGACAGUUCUUUUCUACUAUAUUAGCAUUUUCAACGGUGCAACUCGAUGAUUUGUGGUCUUGGGACUGGAGUUCCUUCGCAGGGUACACCUUUCCUUUAUUGUAUACCAAAUAGAAGAAAAGACAGUAUACAAGGUUGGGGUUUAGGUUGGUAAAUAGAUGGUUUGUAUAUAAACUUUUAAGUGUGAUGAGCAGGAAGAAAAUAAAGGGUGGUGAAGAAGGAAACAAACAAUAGAGAUUGGGGAGGGAGGUCCUAAGGGAUGACAUUUGUUGUUGUGAGACUUGACUUAGACAUGGCA